AGUCAGUUGCCUACCAUACAACUCACAGCCUACUUAACAUCUUAAGGCGAUAUUCUUUUAGGCGUGGUAUUUAAAGCUGAUUCACCUCAUUUUUAAUCAACAAAGUUUUAACAAUGUUUUUUGAACAACACCGAGUUAUAAUUUCAACAAUUUUAGUGGGAUUUUUAAUCGAAAAUUCUUUAGCAAUAAAUUGUUAUCAAUGCGCCAGCACCAACACAACCAGCCCAUUCCAAUGCAACGAAUACCUCAAAGACGCCGAUAUUUUAGCCGAAUCUUGCGAUGGAGUCCACGGAGCUCGGUACUGUGUUAAACACACAGGGAGGUUCGAAGGAGGAAUUGGGACGAAACGGUUUUGUUCGUCGCUCGAUUUGGGUAAUUAUUGCAACUUUGUGCAACAACCUGGUGAUAAAUUGCAGUAUCGAACUUGUAUUUAUACAUGUACGAGAGAUGGUUGUAAUUCUGGGGAGAAAAUGAGAUCGAAUUUGGUGAUUUUGGGCAGCAUUUUGUGUUUAAUUCACGUCUUGUAUUUUAGAUAGAUUAGAUUUAUUAUUUUUUUUUAUCUUUUGAAAAUGUAUACUUUGAACUUAAAAGAGAAUAAAGAUGUUUGUAAAUAUAAAUAAUA